UCAAGGGAAUCAUAGUGGGCGAGGAAAGCUUUUCCCUCGCAAUUCUUCAGCCAGGGCGGUCCGUGAACUUCACUACGAUGUCUCCAAGCCCUCUCAGCCACAACGCUGCGACCGGGCCGUGCGCCGUGUGCGGCGAGGCUGGCCGUCCGUGCGCGCGCUGCCGCGUGCACUACUACUGCGGCAAGGAGCACCAGAAGAAGCACUGGCGGCGACACAAGCCCAGCUGCGGCUGCAUCGAGCUGCGCGACGGCUACGUCGUGGCGACCAGGGACAUCCCCGCAGGCACGCUCAUCAUGCGGGAGCGGCCCACGCUCACCUUCCCCGCCUCGACGCUCAACUACUACCGGAACCACCUGGAAGCGGUGUUGUGUGUGGGAUGCUGCGCCGAUUUGGGCCAGGACCCGCCCCGGCAGUGCCGCCGCUGCGGCCUGCCGGUGUGUGACGAGGCCUGCAGCCGGGGCAGCGCCCAUCAGGUGGAGUGCCAGGUGUUCCAGCGUGCCAAGUACCAAGUGGAAAAAUCCGAGUUCCUUGGUGAGAAUAGUGGCGCCGUCUUUGGUGCCAUUGUGGCAACUCUGCGAAUCGCCGUUGCAUUUCCGAACAACCCGCUACUUCAGCAUUUGGACCGGGAGUUGAAUUUCGACGAGCAGGGGCUCAAGGCGUCGCCCCACGCGGAGGAGUGGGUGUCGGCCAUGCAGAUCGUGAUGGCUGCCGUGGUGCGCUACGUGCGGCGCGUCGUGGGAGUCACGUGGAUUUCGGAGCGCGACCUGAGCCGCGCCGCGCGCAUCGCCGCCAUGCACGCGGAGGACAUCACGGGCGCCAGCCCGGAGCGGUGGGACAACGUGGCCAAGCAGGCCCACUGGGGUGCACUCUUUGUUGGCAUGCAGCUGAGGAAGCACAGCUGCCUCCCCAACUCUAACGACAUCUCGUUGAACUCUGAGUCGAAGGAGUAUGGUGUGGUGACAGCAAGGGACAUUGCUGCGGGUGAAUUCAUCACCAACAUGCUGCAGGGCUGCCAGUGGGUCGAUGACACUGCGACCCGCCGCGACUGUCUUCUGGUGCACUGGGGUUUCGUCUGCAACUGCGAACGCUGUAGUGACCCCACCGAGCUCGGGAUGUACGUUGGAUCACCCUGCUGUCCCGACUGUGCAGGACAAGAGAAGCUGUGCUACUUGGUGCCGGUCAACGACGCACGCAGCCUCUGGAGGUGUGAGGGUUGUGACAUCGAGAAGACAUCAGCUCAGGUCGAGUCCCUGACGAAGGAGGCGGAGGACCGUCUGCAUGAGAUUGGUCGUCGGCAGUACAAUGCUUUUCUGGAGUUCAUCGAGCAGCAAACGUACCCUCGCGGCCCGCUGCACCCAACCCACAGACUGGUGUUACGGGCGAGGGCCUACGUCAGGGACGAACUGUAUGAAGUGAGGGCCGACGAGAAGGCAACGAACGUGGAGCUGGACCGCUGGGAGGUGGUGGUGCGCGACCAGCUGCGCGCCGUGGACAGGCUGGUGCCCGGCCCCAGCGAGGUGCGCGUCAUGUUGCUGUUGGAGCUACGCCGCCUCGCGCUUCGUCGUCUUCGGGUGGCCGAGCGAAAAACCAUGAUGCUCUGUCUUGCAUGCACGUCUGCCAUGCGGGAAACCAUGUUGCAGAUAAGCAAGUAUAGAGAAGCAGUGCUCCAAGUCAACAAAGAGAUUCUUUCUCACUGCUUCGGCCGAGACGAAGAUGGAGCGAGGAGGAGCUUGAUUCAAGAUCCUUUCGGCGGCAGAUGAUUCGAUGAAGACUUCCUCGGUCUUUUGGCAUUGAACUGACAAUACUACAAUCCUGCCUGAAUUUCGUGAAGUUCAUCAAACUUCAAAGAUAACUGUUAAUUUUACUUUUUUACUCUGAUCAUGGGUUGACCGCUUUGUAUCAUUCAUGUCUGCAAAGCAAUUGCAAAUAAUAUUUUUUGUAUGGA